CUCUAAAAUCCACGUAUUAGAAUUAGUUGUACCAAGUCAGAUUUUAACAACUGAAAACACAAUGCCAAGUGUUUCAUAAAUAUUUUUAAGUACAGAGUUGAAAAAUAGAAGUGUUAAGACGUCUUGCCAUUGCGAUGAAAGUACCAGAACAGAGUCGUUUCGCAAUUUACGCCUUUGGCAUCUUUUUCACGUACUUUCUCUACGGAAUUGUUCAAGAGAAACUAACGCGGGGCCGGUACGGCGACCAGGUGCAACCAGAUGGCAAGACGGGUGAACGGUUCACAUAUACACUGGCCCUCGUCUGGGUGCAAUGUCUCUGCAAUUAUCUAUUUGCCAAAGGCAUGCUAACUGUAAAGCCCCAGAAAGAAGACACCACACACACCGGCUACUAUGCAGCCUGCUCGCUGACCUAUCUGCUGGCCAUGGUAUCCACUAACAUGGCACUGCGCUGGGUACCCUAUCCCACAGCCGUGGUGGGCAAAUCCGCGAAGCCGAUUCCGGUUAUGAUUCUGGGCGUGCUWAUUGGACGUAAAUCGUACAGCUGGACCCGAUAUGGCUGUGUGCUGACCAUUGUGCUGGGCGUCAUACUGUUCAUGUACAAGGAGAGCCAG